AUGAUGGACGAAAUUGAUUACGAAGAAGAAGAGCCAUAUUAUCAUGAUGAUGAUUACUACUCGGAUGAUCAAGAUACCGGUUCAUCGAAUGGCAGCCAUCGAGGAUUGAUCGUCGAGUUACGUGAGCCCACUCCCACUGAUGUUUCUUCCUUGUUGUUGUUGGGAGCUGAGUCUUCAUCCAAAAAGCCUUCGUCAUCAUCAACGACCGGAACAGCAACAACACAAGAAUCCCUCUCUCCACAAGAAACCAAUGAUCUACUUCAACGUUUACCUCCCAUUGAAAGGCCUGUUGAUGAGGAGAAUCAAGACUUUUUCAUGAGAGAGAAAUCACUCAAGCCUCCACGUACUGCUGAGACCAUUCAACAAACUUUUCCUCCUGAACAAACCUUGGAAAAACCUGAACAAUUGAAACAGGAAGAGGAAGCCUUGAAUGGAUCCUCUCUCCGUGUAUUGAGAUAUUUACCUGAGGGGAAAGUCGAUCGAUCUGUUCCUCACAUUAGCAUUACCUUCUCACAGCCCAUGAUUGAGUUGUCGAGCGUGGAGAAUGUGGAGAGUGUCAAUGUUUUGGAAUUUAUUGAAAUUAGUCCAAUGCCAAAGAAUGGUGGUCGAUUCAAGUGGAUUGGCACGAAAACUGUCUUGUUUGAACCAUUGUAUCGAUUUGACAUGUCCACACGAUACACGGUCACUAUUAAGGCUCACAAGGCCAAGUCAGCCACUGGUGGCAUAUUGGAAAAGGAUGUUGUUUUUGCAUUCGAGACACCAAGAUUGAACAUGUUGAACAAACUUCCACAUUCAACCGUUGCUCCUCUGAAUGAAUUUCCAGUUUUCUAUAUGGAGUUUGAUCAAGAGAUUGACCCUGCUGUUUUAAUGAAACACAUUGCAGUGAAUAGUGGUUAUAAUACUCAAUUAGUGCUUAAUGAUGGACGUUCAGACCAGAAUGAGCAAGUGAAAAAAUUCAUUGAAAACUUGCUCAAUGAGUACAAUAUGCUGAAACGAAACUCUUCAAUUUAUUAUGCAGUGACCAACAAGUUGAGUAAUGCCCCUCCAAAUCGACACUUGUGGUUCAUGAUUGACGUCAAAUCAAAGAGAGUGGAGCUUUCUGAGAGCGUACAAGUUGUGUUGAGAGCUGGAGCCACCUCAUCGGAAGGUAAUCUUCCAACAGAGGCUGAUAUUAGUUUCUCAGUGAGCAAUUAUCCGAGCUUCACUGUCAAUAAUACCUACGGUGGAACAAAGCCCUUAGAGGCCUUCCAUCUCGUAUUCUCAAAUGGAAUUGAUUGUGAAGAGCUCCAAGAAGCUCACGUUAAAGUGACGCCCAGUAUUGAAAGAUUUGAGCUUCAACCCUCGUCAACAAGCUUGUUUGUGCGUGGAAAGAUCAUGGGAAGAACUGAAUAUGUGAUCGAGUUGAGUGAAAAUAUUCGUGAUGUUUACGGCCAGAAAUUGCAAGGUAAUAGAACCUUUAAAUUCAAUGUUGGAUCUGCCGCUCAGAGCUUAAAUGCCUUCCAGACCGGUCUUAUUGUUUUGGAUCCUACUGUGAACACAAAACCUGUGUAUUCAGUAUUCUCUGUGAAUCUUGCUGCUAUUCAUGUGCAAGUAUAUCAAGUGACGCCUUCCAAUUAUAACAGCAACUUGUUCUAUGUCGACAAAUAUUCAAAUUCUGUCAAGACGUUCCCUGGAAAGAAAGUUAUGGAUUCCAUCAUUAACACCAACGGAAAACAAGACGAACCAACCGUUACUGAAAUUGAUUUAUCCCUCUAUUUGCAAUAUCCAAAGGAAAAUCUUGGACAAUUGUUGGUAGUUGUUGAACCUGAUAAAAGCUCUUGGAAAGGAGACUGGAGAUACAGACCCGUGUAUGUUUCAUGGAAUCAAGUCACUAAGAUUGCUCUUGAUGGAUUCUAUGACUCAGCAGAUGGUACUAUUUAUUGCUGGGCAAACUCGUUGAGUGAUGGUUCUAUUUUGAAAGAGGGUAUCACUUUCAGACAGACCAAGGUAUCAACCGAUGUUAAACCAAGUAGCACUACAGGUGUAGCUACUAUUUCACACAAGAGCUAUGACGGGGCAGUAACAAUGGUUGCAAAUCUGGGUAAUGAUUGUUGUUUUGUGCCAGAUUUGUAUUUGAGGUGUUAUAAGAAAAAUGGUUGGUUGGCAUACAACAUGUUCAAUGAUAGAGGUCUCUACAAGCCCAAUGAGGAGAUUUUCAUUAAGGGAUAUGCUCGUGAUAUUAAGAUUGAGCAAUAUGGUCAACGCUACAAAGUGCAUCUUCCAAGCAAGGGCGCUUAUACAUAUGUAGUGACUGAUUCUCGAGGUGCCAAGUACCAUGAAGGCACUUUAAACAUUUCAGAGAGUGGUUCAUUUGAUUUGAAAUUUAAGAUUCCAGAUAAUGUCAACCUUGGUACUCAUAUAUUGACAGUGAACGGUCUCAAUAUGACCACAACAUUUAAAGUUGAAGAAUUUAGAACCCCGGAGUUUACAGUCUCUUCGUCCAUUCCUCAAUUGAGAUAUGUGGUAAAUGGUGUCACUAUUUGCAAGACAAAGGCUGAAUAUUAUUCAGGAGGUUCUUUAUCCGGAUCCAAGUGCCAAUAUAUUGUCAAGCAAUCUGAAGCACACUACUCUCCACCUAAUUUCUCUGAUUAUUCCUUUGGUACAACGAUUAACAACCCCUUCUAUAGUUAUUAUGGUUACAGCAGCAAUGACUUCUUUGCUCCACCACCAGCUAAAUUCGAAGGCAUCAUCGAUGGGGAGGGCCAACAUGAAUUGGCUAUUUCUUUUAAGGAAAGCGAGAGGCUCAAAAAGUGUCCAGUUAACAUCACUGUCGAGUCUACAGUACAAGAUAUUAAUCGUCAAACCAUGUCGAGCACAUCAUCGUUUUUGGUUCAUCCAUGUAGAUUGUAUUGCGGCUUGAAGUUGGAAAAGAUGUUCACCAAGCCAAAAGUUCCUGUGAACCUUUGCCUUGUAUGUUGCGACAUUGAAGGUAAUACUGUGGAAAACGUUGACAUGGAGCUUGUAGUUAAGACCAAGGUCGAGAAGAAAAAGGGCUACUCUAUUGUACAGGAAGACGUUGAAGCUUUGAAAACCACUAUCAAAUCACAAAAGGAGCCAAUCAAGUAUCCUGUUAGCUUUGAUAAGAGCGGAAUUUAUGUGUUUAAUGUAAGCAUCAAGGACCCUGAGACUCACUUGACAAAUACUUGCGCUGGAUCGCUUUACAUUACUGGGGGGUCAAAGAGUAAGAAAGACGUAGUGGGAAGUCGCCUUGUACGACAGAAUGUUCUCAUGGUUCCUGACAAGACAGAAUAUCAAGUCAAUGAGGAAGCUAAGAUUAUCAUUCAAUCUCCAUUCGAUUCAGUUGCCACUGGACUUGUCACACUUUGCUUGAACUCUGUAACAGAAACUUAUCCAAUUACCAUUGAUCCAAACGUUGGAUCUCUUGAAUUCAUAGUUCCUAUCAAGAAGGAAUACAUUCCCAAUGUAAAGGUCACUGUUUCAUUGCAAGGAAGCGAAUCGAGAACAGACUCUCUUGGAAAUGUCAUUACCUCAAUUCCUAACCUACCUGCUUAUGCACGAGGUGAUUGCCAAUUGAACGUUUCACGCCGUCAACACUUGUUAACUGUUGAAGCUGUGCCAGAAAAGCAAUUUGUGACUCCUGGAGUCUCAACAUUUAUUGAUGUGAUUGUUAGAGAUGAAAUGACAAAGACCCCUCAACCAAAUUCUGAGGUGUGUGUCGUAGCUGUUGAUGAAGCAGUGCUAGCAUUGACUGGAUAUCGCAUUAGUAAUCCGAUUUCCUCCUUCAUUAAUAAUAACAGUGUAAGCUUACACGAAUUUUCGUUGAGAGAUCAUUUAUUCGUGAAGACCAAUUUGGAUGAAAUUUAUGUAGAGGCAUCAAGUGAUUCUUCUGAAUGUGAGGGCGAGGAUGAAAAUUGUUGUGAUGACUAUGACAAUGAUAGUUUUGGUGGAUGUAUGGAAUGUGCUUGCAUGUCUUGUAACUCCCGAACAAAUUCCAUCCAAAAAUGUUGCUGUAGGAGCAAAAGCGAUGAAAAAUGUAAGGAGUGUGAAGAAGAAGGUGGUGAGGCUCCUCGAAAACCCCAAAAACCAACCAUAGCUCUUAGAAAGAACUUUAAUCCUGUUGCCGUGUUCAGUCCAGUCAGCAUGACUGACUCUGAGGGUAGAGCUCGAGUGAAUUUCACACUGCCAGACAACUUGACAAGAUAUCGAGUGACUGCUGUUGCAGUUCAAAGAGAAGACCUGUUUGGUUUGGCAGAGAGUUCUAUUGUGGCACAACUACCUCUAGCAAUUCGGCCAUCUCUUCCACGAUUUUUGAAUUUUGGUGACCGUGCGGAAUUUACAUGUGUUUUGCAAAAUCAAACAAUGGCUAAUUUGAGUGUUCAUAUUGCUAUCGCGUAUACAGGUUUAGAAUUGUUGGACACUUCAAAGAGAGGUUUGAAAGUCCUCAUUCCAGCAUUGCAGAGAGCAGAAAUUAGAUUCCCAAUGCAAGCCAUCCAAGUAGGUGUUGCUAAAUUCCAAGUGGGUGUCUCUGUGAGCGACUCUUUCAUUAACUUCUCUGAUGCAGUUGAGAAGGAGGUUCGAGUUUUCACACCAGCAACUACUGAGGCCUUUGCAGUGUAUGGCGAAAUGGAUGACACUUGCAACGUGUUUCAACCUGUCAAAACGCCAGGAAAUGUCUACACACAAUUUGGUGGAUUGCAAAUUACUACAAGUAGUACAGCUCUUGCUUCUCUCACUGAUUCAUUCCUCUAUUUGUACAACUAUCCAUUUGACUGUACUGAGCAAUUGUCAAGUAGAGUGCUGUCCAUUGUUGCCUUGAAAGACGUUCUUUAUGCUUUUAAAGUCAAGGAUAUGCCAAGCGAGAGCACAUUGCUAAAGAAACUUGAAAACAUGUUGUCCAUUCUAUACGGAAGACAGCAUCCAAAUGGAGGUUACGGUUGGUGGACUUAUUCCAAUGGUUGUGAAACGAGUCCAUAUCUUUCUUGUCACGUUGGUCAUGCAUUUGCUAGAGCCAAGAAAGCAGGUUUCACAUUGAAUGAAACAUGUGUCUCCAAGCUUGUCAAUGUUCUCACAAACAUUCACAAUUACUUUUAUCAUUAUUAUUCAGAAGAGUCUAAGAGGAGUAUUCGUGCAUAUGCCUAUUAUGUUUUAGGACUUUUAGGCAACUCCAAUGCAGCUCAAUUAGCUGAAACUUUAUACAAGGAAUGUGGUGGCGUUGGUGCAAUUCCACUAGAUUGUUUAGCAUGGAUUGCCAAUACCAUCUUCUUGGGAAAUCGUUCAAACAUCACUUCAACAGUUUCUGAGAUUUUGAACUACAUGCUCAUGAGAGUAAAUGAGACUCCACAAACUGCCAACUUUGUGACCAAGUAUGGAGAUGAUGUUACUGCCAAACAAAUCAUGCUUCACAGCGACAGAAAAGUGGAUGGUAUUUGCUUGGAGGCACUCAUUACCAUUGCUCCAAAGAAUGAUUUGAUUGCCAAAGUUGUGAAAGGUUUGUUGGCUCAUAAAAAGAAAGGACGAUGGGGCAACACUCAAGAAAAUGUAUUCAUCUUACUUGCCCUCAAUACGUAUUUCCAUGUUUUUGAAGGUGUCACUCCACAAUUUGUUGUGAAAAUGUGGUUGGGAGAUGAUUUUUGUGGUGAACAACAAUUCCAUGGACGCAAUAAGGAUGAAAACAUGUUGACCAUCCCAAUGAAACAAUUAGAUGAAGAUGCAUCCAAGACUCUUGUGAUCUCCAAAGAAGGACCUGGAAGACUUUACUAUCGACUUGCAAUGGAUUAUGCACCAAAGAAUUUAUUAUUACCACCAUUGGAUUAUGGAUUCCAAAUUCAAAGAACCUAUGAAGGUGUCACCAAUCCAUCUCAUGCACAAUUCGAUAAGGAGCAGAAUUGUUGGAAAUUCAAAGCUGGAGAAAUGAUUCGUGUCAAGAUUAAUUUCACCACCACUUCAAGACGUUAUCAUGUUGCAUUGGUAGACUUUUUACCAGGUGGUUUGGAAGCACUUAAUCCUGAAUUGAAGGGAGCUCCACAAGCUGCUCAACAACGUACAAGUUCAUGUUGGUGGAAUUGGCCAUGGUAUGAACAUCAAAACAUUAGAGAUGAACGUGUGGAAGCAUUCUCUAGUUUAGUUUGGGAAGGAAGUCAUUCAUUCAAUUACAUUGCACGUGCAACAAGUAUUGGAAGCUUUGUCAUUCCACCUACAAAGGCAGAAGAAAUGUACAGUCCUGAAAUAUUUGGUCGUUCCUCUACCAUGUUUGCACAAGUUUAUGAGUAG